AUCCACAUUGCGGGUGAUGGUAUUGCGAGGGAACAGAUUAGAGGGCCCCAUUGAAUGUUUUGACAUCAAUGGAACUUGGCCAGUCCUUCAAAUUAUUGAUUUGUCUUUUAAUAACUUCAGUGGUUUUCUUCCAACAAGAACCUUCACAACAUGGGAAGCAAUGAGUAAAGGUUUUUGGGACUCCAAUUAUGACCUAAUUAUUUAUAAUGGAACCGGUUACUACUAUGACACGGUGAAAAUUAUGAGUAAAGGCAAAUAUAUGGAGUUGGAAAAAAUACUAAACUUAUUUACUUUGAUUGACUUCUCAUCUAACCGUUUUGAAGGGCCUAUACCUAAAGAGCUGAUGAAGUUUGAAGUUCUUCAUGUUCUCAAUUUAUCAAAUAAUGGUUUCUCAGGCAAAAUCCCAUCUUCAAUUGGAAAUAUGAAGCAGCUUGAAUCCUUGGAUCUUUCAAGCAAUUCUUUGACUGGAGAGAUUCCAAUAGAGCUUGCAAGUUUGUCAUUCCUUUCAUUUUUGAACCUUUCAUUUAAUCAUUUGAUGGGAAUGAUCCCUACAAGCACACAACUUCAAUCAUUUGAUGUCUCUUCCUUCCAAGGCAAUGAUGGGCUCUAUGGACCUCCUUUGACCAAAACUCCAAGUUAUGGAAAGCCUGGACCGAUGCCACUUCUAGCAUCUAGAAAGGAUCAUGGAAUUGAUUUCAAGUUUAUCACGGGCAUGGAAUUUGGAUUGAUUUUUGGCUUAGCCAUUAUUGUUGGGCCUCUUUUCUUUUGGAAGCAAUGGAAGGUACGUUACUGGAGGUGGGUGGACAAUGUCCUUUGUAGCAUCUUUCCACAACUUUAUCUUGAUUAUCAAAGGCAUGAGGGAAAAUGGCACGUAGUUCUGCGUUGGAGUCGUUAAGCAUCACUCUUUGUUCAACAAACAUG